AUGUACUUGAACCCCGGGGGUAUUGAUUACUAUGAAGCAUUUUCACCUGUGGCAAGGCAUGAAACUAUCAGGCUUGUGAUUGCAUUAGCUUGUAGCAAGUCAUGGUCCAUUUAUCAUUUAGAUGUGAAGUCAGCCUUCUUGAAUGGUCCACUUGUGGAAAUUGUGUAUAUCACUCAACCACUUGGUUUUGUGAUUCAAGGAAAGGAAGAUAGAGUGUACAAGUUGCAUAAAGCACUGUAUGGGUUGAAAGAAGCUCCAAGAGCUUGGAACAAGAGAAUUGACAGGUUUUUCUUAGAGCAAGGCUUUAAGAAAUGUGUAACUGAACAUGGAGUUUAUGUAAAAGGGAAGAUGAGAUCAAAAGUUAUGAUCAUUUGUCUAUUUGUUGAUGAUCUUUUAGUGACUAAAAAUUGUGCUCAAUACAUUGAUAGAUUCAAAUUGAAGAUGAAGCAGGAAUUUGAAAGGACAGACUUAGGCAAGAUUGCUUAUUUUCUGGGCAUGGAGAUACUUAACACUUCAAAAG